CUUGUCGCUCGCGAAGUUUCGCAACUAACUCCGGGUACGCAUCUCACAGAAUUCCUUUACGCCUUAAACGUCCAUAGCGUAAUUUUUUUAAAACGUAUAUGAUUUCUUUAACUCAGCACGACAUGGAGGAGAAUUACACGCUCGGGAAAUCGUGCACUUACACCUACAAUGUUGCAGCAUAUGUAGCGCGAGGAACUUUUGGAAUAGUUUACCAAGCAAGAAUUAUAGACCCCGGCGAUUUUGUUGGCAGCCAGGCUGUUGCCGUGAAAGUGAUACACAUGGAGCAGACAUCAGGGACAGCAUUCGGAAACACUAUUUUGCGUAGAAUAAAUCGCUUGCUAACGUUGAAGCAUCCUCGUUUAGUUGAAUACCAUAAGGUAUCUGUUAUUAAGCUGGCUUCAAACACUACCUUGGAAUUCCUAAUGGACUACCAUGCCGGUGGAGAUCUAGCGAAAUUUUUAAAAGAACAUGCAAAAGCAAAAAAUCAUCUCCACUCGGCAACAGCACUCACGUUCACCAUCGAUAUUACGGAGGGGCUCAAAUUUUUGCACGAUUGCGGCUUUAUACAUAGCGAUUUAAAGCCGGAAAAUAUUGUAAUUAGCAAUAACAGACGGCUUUUGAUAAGUGACUGCGACGACCUUGUGGAACUGCAAGAGGACGCUACCGUUAGCGGAGAUAUCAGCGAACUGCGCGGAACAGCUCGUUACAUGUCACCGGAAAUGCUGAAAAAGUUUUCCCAACUUGAAGGGGCAUUGGUUGGAAGAAAAACGGACAUGUGGAGUCUGGGUUGCAUCAUUCUUGAGCUAACUGAGUGUUCAUAUUGCAUUGACUCGGAACGACUCCUUGAAAAAGGGGGACUGAAAAUACCACUCCAAAGAAACACAAACACGGAAUACGCCAGCUUGAUAAUGGACGGCUACGUCCCUUUUGUCGCAGACUUUAUCGAACCAGAUGUGGCGGCCUGGAUCAGGCAAUGCCUGUGCACAGAUCCCCAACAAAGGAUUUCUGCCAGCGAACUACUACUCUUGCUAAAUUACUGCAAAGGGACUUCGGUGAGUGUGACAGAAACUACUCCACAACCAGUUAUUGGCACAUCACAUGUUGGCGAACAAUCAGCCGUUAUCAAAGAAGAAAAUUUCGGAAGCUGCUGCGAAUACGACUACAAAAUACAAAACCGUAUCGGGGGCGGCGCAAUGGGCCAAGUGUAUAAAGCAACCAUUACGUCGCGAGAAGACUUCAUGGGUGAAGACACUGUGGCUAUUAAGGUUACGCAUUUGGAUGACACAAAAGGUUACCUGUUCACCAAAGAAAACUGGCCAAAGCUGCGCAGUCGAUUAAUUUCGGUCGUGAAUUUUCGGCAUGGCUCCUUACUUCCGCAUCACAAGUUUUGCGUUAAAAAAGCCGACCUCGGAACGACCUACUACGAACUGAUGAUGGAUUUUUGUCAAGGCACCCUCGAUACAUUGUUGACACAAUCAAGAGCCUGCCUUAAACCGACUACUGCUAUUCAGUAUGCCACAGAAAUUGCCCAAGGAAUAAGUUUUCUGCAUCAAAACAGAAUUAUUCAUGGAGACAUCAAACCAAAGAACAUUCUUGUCAAACAACUCGGUGUCACACAGAAGAGGAUGCUUAUCGGUGAUUUAGAUGAGCAUAUUCAAAUGUGCGAAACUAUUACAAGCCCAAAAGACGUCACAAACAUCCAUGGAACUAUUCGCUACAUUCCUCCAGAAAUGUUUAAAAGAUUUAAAGAUAGCGCUAAGCCGUCACAUGGAGAAAUGAUCAGAACCGGAAGGAAAAUGGAUAUCUGGAGUUUGGGUUGCGUUAUUUUGGAUCUGGCUGAGUGCGUCGUCAACAUAGAAGAAAAAUGGCUGGAAAAGACAGAAAAAAACCGAUCGGAGAGAAUACUUGCCGGAAAAAGUAUUACCGACGAUGAAUUCGGCAACAAGUUAAAAAGCGGCUAUGUUCCGUUGGUUCUCGACGCGAUCCCUUCGUAUCUCUCAAGCUGCAUCAAGCCGUGUUUACGCCAAGUUAGCGAAGAUAGACCCACAGCAGACGAGCUUUUAACCGGUCUUGCCGAAGCUUACAAACAGGCCCCUAAAGAGAUCGUUGUGUUGUUUCAUGGCUGUAAAGAUCGCGAAAUGUCACCGGUGUCGUUACAGGUUUUUGAACCACUAACUGGCUUAAUUCGGCCGCUUUUGUUUCGUGAUAAUUUCCACAAAAAGCUUUUCAAGCACUGUCUUACCCCACUUCAGGAUGUUGUUAUAUGCCAGGUUUACAACCAGAGCGAUGCUGACGGCCACAGUCUGCAAACAGUGGCAAUAAAUGUACGCGAGCCAAAAUGGAACUAUAUCGGCGAACCAGAACUGGGCCAAUUUGCAAAACAUGCGGUCACGGUAGAUGAUGAAGUGUACUUCUGGGACGACCGAGAACCCGAAAAAGCUUUUAGAUUGUUCAAAGGGAGCAAGAAAUCCGUUUCUCUACUGCCUAUGACAAAAUGGGUUCGACAAUUGGAUUGCUUAAUUAGUUACAAGAAGCACCUAUUCUGCGUCGGUACACCGUUCAACGGGAAUAGUCGAGUCGUAGAGCGAUUCGAUACGAACUCCGAGAAGUGGGCAUUCGUGGCGGAGCUGCCAGAAGAUCGGCGUAACUUCGCUGCAGUUGUCUUCAAAGGAGAGCUCUAUUUACUGGGCGGUCGCAGUGGCUCCGGUGCUGACGCUCAAAUGUUGAAAUCGUGUGUUCGAUUCGAUCGCACCCUUCGGGAAUGGAAAAAGGUAUGUGACCUGUUGCAGGCAAGAUCAGGUCACUGCGCAUUCGUGUCCGAAGAUCAGAUAUAUGUGUUUGGGGGACGGGUGGAAGGUAGAGAUGAUCUCGCACUAACGAUGGAAACGUACCAACCGAAGGACGAAUCGUGGAUGAGCUUCCCACUGGCAGAUAUGGAAGAUAUUGAUAUGGACCCAAACAUGGAUGUUUCUUAUGCCGUAAAGCUGACACUGGGCAGCAAUCAGCAAAGGCCAGACUAAAAGGCUCCCUUCGACCGUGAGAGAAAAGCAAGCCUAAAAUAACCAUUUGCUUUCGCUUUACUUAGUGAAUAGGUUGUCUUUUAUUUUUUAAAUUUGUCAUGGCGCUUCCGGGUGACCAUUUAUUACGUUUUCAUUGCAUUGAGAGGGUUCCGGCAUUAACGGCUAUUUCCUGAACGAAUUUCAAGAAACGUGGACGGCAUUGUUUCCUUCGAUGACGGCUGGCCUACCGCCUGUCGUUACCGGAUAUGGUACUGCCACGGUAAUUUGCAAGCUGCCACUAUACCGUACGAGCGGGUUACUUACCCGUGCCAAAAAAACAGGAGGUUGGAUGGUCCGUCAAUGGGGCCGAUGAUGCUAACCAGUUGCCAGAUAAAUCAGUCGUGCUUACGAGCAUAUUAACCAAUACCGGCAUGAACUUCAACGCGUACGCGCAUCUUUAUUUUGCUCCGAAAUAACUAGGGAUGGGUAAGAACAAAAGCAAAAUUGAUUUCCGGGCAUUCGGAAUAUAUUUUCAAAAACCCACAAACUAAAUGCUAGAACUGAACAUUUUGACCAACUUACCAUUCCGAUGCUUCCUGUUCAACUAGCAGCAAUGGACUGCACAUCUUCUUUACACAUCUCUGUUGUACGGCUAGACGCUUUAGCGCCAGUAUUUUUAACUAACAUGCUGCCGAAUUUAACUUUUUUAUUUGUGCUCGACUAGAAAGUAGAAUCCCAUAGUUUUAAGAAAUUUGUUUGCAAAAGACAACUGCUGAUUCAGGCGCAAGUCCAACAUAAUAUUCACUACCGCGCACCUGGUCGUUCGGCACAAACACAAUUGACGUCGGUGUAGAUCACCGGCCGAAAUUUUUUCAAGUGCGAAGCUUCGCUUCUCGAUGCGUAUUCGACGAAGUCAAAUGAGGCAGCUCUAAUAUUACUACAUUAAUACGUAGAUUAUGCUACUAAAAACUCAGCUUUUACUAGUACAAGGACCGAUACUAUUCACAAGACUUUUAAGAAUAGGCGGAUUUUACUAACAAACACGUAAAUAGCCGUUAUUUAAUUUCAUUUAGUAGCAGCUAGCAGCGGCGUAGGGAGCUUUCGUUUUUGGAGGGGGCCAAGGCGAGCCGAACCUACAUAUUAAGGGUGCCCCCAAGGGUGUACUCCAGGGGUGCACACCUGGGGGUCACCCAAGGGGCGUACCACUGGGGAGCACCCCAAGUGUACAGACCUGGGGGUGCACCUCUGCUACACGCGAGGGAGCGUCCAGAGUAUCAGCACGCCUGUGCGUGACCUUUGUGCGUAAAUUGGUGACCUUUGUGUGUAAAGCAAGAUGCAGGGUCAAAAAUUAUAUCAAAAUUAAUUUUCGCGCGAAGCCAACGAGCGAUUUUGCUGCCCAAAUUGCUAGAAAUUUUAUUAAAAAUAGUAGAAAUAGCUUUAUUUUUUUGAAGCGAAAUGAAAGUUAGAGGGGCAUGAAGUAAUAUUGUAUCAUGUUUGGUCUUCAGAAAGGUGAAUUUCGCGCGAAGCGCGAAGGUGACGCACGUUUUUACUGGGAAAAUUCCUAGAAAUUCUAUAAAAAAUAGCGGAAUAUUACGAAUUUAAUGUAAAACACUUUUUGGUUUCGCGCCGGAGACUAAAUUAAUGUAUGAAAGUACAAUAAAGAGCUAUUUUUGCGCGGAGCGCGAAGCUAGCAAUCGAUUUAACUGCAAAAUCUCUAGAAAUCCACGAAAAAAAAAGAAUUUAAACGAUUUUAUGCAAAAUUAGUUACCAAUUAGUUACCAAAUUAGUUACCAAUUAGUUACCAAUUAGUUACCAAUCAACAUUACCGUUUAGUUUUCUGAAAAACCCACUUUUGAAAAAAUUCUGGAGGGGGCACGUGUUCCGUACCUACCCCCUUGAAAUUCGCCGCUGAUUUGGGCGUCCGACGUUCAAUUGUUGACUACUUCUACCUUUUAAGUUUUAACAGAAGAUGCCACAGUGUUUUAAUUUAUUUACAGUGAAUCAGAAUUUUAUCAUAGAAUGUCAGGUUUAAAUUAAAUGUCAGCGUUAAUAUUAGUUUUACGUUUUCCCAAAAAAAUGCACUGGCCCCGGGCGGCGAAGCCGCCCGGGGCCAAUGCAUUUCUUUUGGGGGGGGCCAGUAACACACUGCCUGGCCUUUUGGGGGGGCCACGGCCCCUUGGCCCCAUACCUCCCUAAGCCCCUGGCAACUAGCACAACACUACGGACAGCACUAUAACUGAUUGGAAAGGACAUAGUCCCAUAUUUAUGGAUUUCGACUUUAUAUUGCUGCUUGUAGCUUUGUUCUUGCACCAAAGUAGUAGUUCCGCGUAUCCCACAACGAGUGCAGAUGAAAUGGUCACCGAUUCCCCUUCGCUCGGUACAGCAUGGCCAAGUUCAGUACCCACAGCGUCAAUGUGGACAACGUCGUCAUAUCUAACUGACACAGGUCUUCGACUGUCCAGUCCGGCUUCCUACGGUACUGAUUCGCCGGACGAGGAUCCGCGCACUGGUAGGUCCCUAAGAUCUGUAGGAAUAAUGAUUCGAUCACGAAACACAGACGUUUUCUUUGGUGAUCGUAUUCCGAAUUUAAAUGGCAGUUCCCUACCCCUUUGAUUUUGGCGCUGGUGAAUGAUAUCGCAUCAGUUCGCGCUUCGUUUGCAAUCCACUGCAUCAGGCCGAAGACAUUAAGCGGAAUCCACUCUGGCUUCCAAAAUAAAUUCCGUUCCACCAGUGCAUAUAAUUCCGUUUGCAUCCCCAAAAGCGAGUCGUGGACAGCGAUGACGUCGCGCACUACGAUACAAUCGUACUGUUGGUCGCCAAUACCACGAAAGCGGCAGUUGUGCCACACGAUGCACUCCACGGCGGCGGCACCGGUGACACACGUCCUGGCCAGCAUGUGCACCUCCGUGAGAAAACGGUGAUUACCGAAGUCCCAACGACAGCCGCUGGCCACUACCUAUCCAAAAAACGCGCCGCCGCGUGACUGAAUGUUCAGUGAAUUUACUACUAAUGUUUUUUUAUGUAAUUCUACACACGCCACGCUGCAGUACGCUGACACCAAUAGACUAAAGUCUGUACUAUCUGUCUACCUAUCUGUACACCAGUGAUAAUAAGUUAUAACAUGUGACUCGCAGUCUUGCACCAACUGCUUUAUUAUGGAAAAAAAUGGUGCGGUAUGCAAACUACCAUUUUUCUAACACUUUUUUUUGAAUUUUUAAAGUGCACUUUAGAAAUUUUAAAAUUUAAAAUAUUAAAGUAAUUUUUUAAAUUUUUGUUGGUUUACUUAAAUGU